GUUGCCAAGGCGUCACGCACAUGUUUGUGGGUGUGACACUAAAGACUUAAACUCAAAAAAUUUCCAGCACCUUCAUCGCAGUCCACAUUUGACCUGAAGACGAUUUGGUAAAAUGGAGUCUGAAAUGUUGCCCAAGGCUAACACGACAUUCGCGUUGGCUUUAUAUAAAAAGCUGAAAGAAGAACUGAAGGACAUAAAUGGGAACAUUUUCUGCUCCCCGUUCAGCAUCUCUGCAGCUCUGGCUAUGGUGAUGCUCGGCGCCAGGGGCAACACAGCCACACAAAUGUCCGAGGUGUUGAGCUUUUCGGAGCCUAUAGCCCCACCACCAGGAGGCGACCUUCAGUGUUCACUGCAGACCGACCGGCCGUACCUUAUGCAGUCGCAGAUGCAGACCAGGAUGCAAAUGAGGACACAGAUUCAGAGGACCAGCCGCCUUCCUGCUUAUCUACGCAAGUGCCUUAAACCCGAAAAUGCAAAAGACGAUAUAGAUGCAAGCUUCGCCCAGUUGCUUAGUGAACUCUACAAACCAGAGGCCUUGUACGUCCUGAGUAUUGCCAACAGGCUGUAUGGAGAGAAACAAUAUACAUUUGAUAAGACUUUUUUGGCUGAAACAAAGAAACACUACAAAGCCGAGUUAGAGACGGUAGAUUUUGCCUCCAAUGCAGAGGCGUCCAGGGAGCACAUCAACAACUGGGUGGAGGAACAGACACAAGGUAAAAUUACCGACCUGCUACCUUCUGGUGUCGUGUCUGCGUCGACAAGGCUGGUGCUGGUCAAUGCCAUUUACUUCAAAGGCAAAUGGAGCUCUCAGUUUCAGGAGGAGAAUACGACUGAUGGAGAGUUUCGACUAAACAAGACUGACACAAAACCAGUGAAACUGAUGAUGCAGAAAGCUAAAUUCCAUUUCAGUUUCAUAGAAGAGGUCAAGUGUAAGGUUUUGGAAAUGCCAUAUGAAGGAAAUGACCUGAGUAUGGUGAUCAUUUUACCAAAAGACAUAGAAGAUGAAACAACUGGCUUAGAAAUGCUGGAGCAAAUGUUAACCUAUGACAAGUUUAAGGAGUGGACAGGUCGAGAUACGAUGGGAUUUGUGGAGGUCAAAGUUAGACUGCCCAGAUUCAAGAUGGAGGAGAGCUAUGACCUGAAAGAAGUGCUUAAAUCAAUGGGGAUGGUGGACGCUUUCGAUGUUGCCAGGAGUGAUUUUUCUGGCAUGUCUUCCGCCAACGACCUGGUUUUGUCAGAGGUGAGGCACAAAGCGUUUGUAGAGGUGAAUGAAGAGGGGACGGAGGCUGCUGCUGCCACAGGAGCUGUAAUCAAUGAAAGAGCAGCCAUGAUUACUGAAACCUUCGAUGGAGACCACCCCUUCCUCUUCUUCAUUAGACACAACCCCUCCAACAGUGUACUCUUCGCUGGACGAUUUAGCUCACCUGAGUAAAUGUAGAGAGCAUGUUGUUUUGGUUAGUCCGACACAAAUAAGAUACUGGUUGUUUUAAUAUUUUCAUUUAAUUUUAAUAGUGACAUAAACUGGUCCAGGGACUGUGAGUGGAAACUAUUGUGUUUUGUUGAAUUCAGAUACAUGAUGACAUAGGUAUUUUAUUUUCAUAAGGUUAAUGUUUUUUGUGUAUCAUCCCUAAUCAAAGUCAAUUCGAUUUUUGUUCCUUUCUGAUGCUUUAUUAUUAUAUAUAUUUUUUUUUUCAUUUUUAUACUUCCUAUUUUAUUUCAUACUUAUAGUCAGCUACAGAUUAUUUUAAACAUUUGGUCUCUUUUAUUUACUUUAAGAAGUGUAUGCUCUAAAUACGUUUCUACAUUUAACAGCAUUUGUUGAAAAUAAAGAGCAUAGUUAAAGAAUCAGGUGGCGUACCAUACCAUUUUCUAUGAUUGAACAUUUUUCUACUGUAAAGAGAAAAGAAAGAGAGAAAUCAGUCUUUCCUCUGGACUUACCUUCUGGACUGGAAAAAUAAAUAAAACAAAUAUUAACAUGAGGGUC